AUGCUCAGAUCACGCGGAUUGACUGCUUUGGCCCGCAGAGCCCACGCCACGGCUGCAGCUGCUGGCGCCUCGGUGAAGCCAGGGGCAGCGCUGGUGGCUGCAAAAUACUACCCUCAUGAGCCAAAGGGCCCCCACAUCGUGACAGAAACGAUUCCUGGCCCCAGAUCCGUUCAGCUCAACAAGCACUUGGGCGAAGUGUUCGACAAUCGUGCUGCUUACUUUGUCACAGACUACCGCAAUUCCGUGGGCAACUACAUCUCAGACGCUGACGGCAACCAGUUGCUCGAUGUCUACUGCCAGAUCUCGUCCAUUCCUUUGGGUUACAACAACCCUGCGCUUUUGGAGGCUGCCUCUUCGCCUGAAAUGGCGUCUGCGUUGGUCAACAGACCAGCUUUGGCAUGUUUUCCUCAGGACGACUACGCCAAAAUCUUGGAAGAGGGCAUCUUGGCUGCUGCUCCUCCUGGCAUGUCCAAAGUGUGGACUGCUCUCUCUGGUUCAUGCGCUAACGAGACCGCAUAUAAGGCUGCGUUCAUGUACCAAGCAGCCAAGGCCAGGGGGAAGAUGGACUUCACCGACGAGGAGUUGCAAUCGGUGAUGCUCAACAAGACUCCUGGUGCUUCAGACAGAACGAUCCUCUCGUUCGAAAAGGGGUUCCACGGCCGCCUUUUCGGCUCUCUUUCGACCACUCGUUCAAAAGCUCUCCACAAGAUGGACAUCCCGGCUUUCGACUGGCCCGUGGCUCCGUUUCCUGAAUUGAAGUACCCCUUGAAGGACCACAUCAGGGAGAACGCUGCCGAAGAAGAGCGUUGCUUGGCCAGAUUCGAGGAGAUCAUCGAGUCCCAUCCUCCCGGCAAGAUUGCUGCAAUCAUUGUGGAGCCCGUCCAGUCCGAGGGAGGUGACAACCACGCCUCUGCUGAAUAUUUUCAGGAUUUGAGACGUAUCACCAGAAAGCACGAUAUUCUCAUGAUCGUCGACGAAGUCCAGACCGGUGUCGGUGCCCUGGGCAAGUUCUGGGCCCAUGAGCACUGGAACUUGCAGGACCCUCCAGACAUGGUGACAUUCUCCAAGAAGUUCCAGGCAGCAGGCUUCUACUUCUCUGACCCUGAGUUGCAGCCAUCUCAGCCAUACAGACAGUUUAACACGUGGUGUGGCGACCCAUCCAAGGCGAUUAUUGCCAGGGCUAUCUACCAGGAGGUGACCAAGAACAAUUUGGUGGAGAGAACCGCUGCUACAGGCGGCUACUUGUACAAGGAGCUUGAGGUAAUCGCGGGCAAAUACCCCCACAAGAUGCAAAACUUGCGUGGCGAGAACUUUGGCACCUUCAUUGCAUGGGACUGUGAAAGUCCAACCCACAGAAAUGAGUUGUUGUUGAAGAUGCGUGGAGCCGGUGUCAACAUUGGUGGCUGUGGAGAGAGGUCUGUCAGAUUGAGGCCAUCGUUAGUGUUCGAGCCAACCCAUGCCAAUGUACUUCUCAACGCACUUGAGCACGUCAUGAAGCAGUAA